CGCAAGUGGAAGGAGCGUUGACAAGAAUGAUGCGAAUGCUAUACAGCCAUCAGAAUUCAAGAAAGAAAACCAGUAAACGAUUAUUGCUACUUGUAAUGAGGCACCCAAUAUUGAUUGGAGUGGGGGUAUAAAGUUGGAGCAGUGGCAAUAUCAAAAGUCGAGCCGAAAGGAACACCAAUCUCUCCACUAAGGAAGUCCGACAGCGCCUUGAUGGUUUGUCGGUUUUCGUCAGCAUCUUCGAAUGCGUCGGCGUUGAUGACUCGCAUCAGGAACACAGGGAGGAAGUCAGUAAGAGAAGAUGAUGGAGCAAGGAGUGGCCAAUGAGUGGGCAGCAUCAGUAGAGAGUACAGAACCUGACUCUGACAAGUUUGGCCUCACAGAAAAAGAUGAAGAUGACUCUGAUGUUAGCCGUAGCAAAGACAGUGAAGAAGCGGGUUCAAAAGAGACUCAGGACCCAAGUGACAGCCACUCUGACAGUGAUGAGGAGCAAGAACAGUGGAUGGAGAAAACAGCAGGUGUUAAAGGUGAUAGCAGCGUGGUUGGUCCCCUGCCUGUAUGCUCAUUCUUCUGGCAUCUCAGCCCUGAUAGAGUAAGGCGAUAGCAGCAUGGUUGGUUCCAUGGUUGGUCCCCUGCCUGGUCCCCUGCCUGUUGGCUCAUCUUCUGGCAUCACGUACUGCCCCAGUAGAAUCUCCUCACAUGAAAGCUAUAGGUAUGCCCCAGGAGAAGCAGACCAUGAUGCUGAUGAGAAGAGCACCCUCGCCUCUUUCAACCUGGAGAGAAGAUGGAGGACAAGAUCCUAUGAGACUUCACAGAGAUGAUUCCUGAGAAUGUCAGGGAGAGGAAGGAACUCAGAUAGAUGCCAGUCCUCGUCUCCAUCACUGAGAAGGAACAGUUUCCAAGAUUGCAUGAGGCAUCCUCAUCAGAAUCUUAGGCAUCGAUUCACAAAAAGGCAAGAAAACUGACGACUCAAUCUUCUCCGAGAUGCAGUUCCUUGCUUCCACCUUAGUGAUGGAGCACGUCUAUCUGCAUUUGUACACUACUCAAAGGAUCAUACCUAGUAAUGAAUAUUUUAAACAAAUGGUAUUUAUAUCGUAAAAAUGAGCGUCAUUUAAUUCGGGUAUUUUAUGGCAUCAAAACAAGAAACUUCCGCUACAGUAUACUGAAGUCUCACGAUACCGAAAAAAAAAUUUGGUCAGCACCUUGUCCAGGUCCUUUACGGCCCUGAAAAUGAUUGAAAAAUUGAGUCUUAACCAAGUAAUGUGAGGGCGCUGUUUACAAGUUAAAAUGAUAUCACGGUAAUGUGAGGGCACUGUUAAUGAGUUCGAAUGAAAUCACGGUAAUAUGAAAAUGCUGUUUAAGAGUUAGAAUGAUAUCGCGGUAAUGUGAGGGUGCUGUUUAUAAAUUAGAAUAUCGCGGUAAAGUGAGGGCGCUAUUUAUGGGUUGAAAUGAUAUCACGGUAAUGUGAGGGCACUGUUUAUGACUAUAUUUUAGUAAUGUGAGGGCACUGUUUGUGACUCUGAAUUACAGAAAUGAACACUUUGAACAUGUGUGUAUCUCAGCAUGAACAAAUAACAUGUAACUGUUGAGACCCUUUUAUUCAGAAAAAUAAUGCAGUAUCUGACAUGUAUCUGUUUGCAAAUCCGCCCC